GCCAUGGAGCGGUUCGGCGGCGGCGGGCCCGGGGGGUACGAGGUGGCGGCGGCCGAGCAGCUGUCGCGGCAGCAGGAGCGGCACUACCGGCUGCUGUCCGAGCUGCAGACGCUGGUGAAGGCGCUGCCCAGCUCCUGCCAGCAGCGUCUCUCCUACACGACGCUGAGCGACCUGGCGCUGGCGCUUCUGGACGGGACCGUGUUUGAGAUCGUGCAGGGCCUGCUGGAGAUCCAACACCUCACCGAGAAGAACCUCUACAGCCAGCGCCUGCAGCUGCACAGCGAGCACCGCGGCAUGAAGCAGGAGCUCUUCCACCGGCACAAGGAGGCCCAGCAGUGCUGCAGGCCCCACAACCUGCCGCUGCUCCGUGCUGCCCAGCAGCGGGAGAUGGAGGCUGUGGAGCAGCGAAUCCGAGAGGAGCAGCGAAUGAUGGAUGAGAAGAUAGUGCUGGAGCUGGACCAGAAGGUGAUAGACCAGCAGAGCACUCUGGAGAAGGCUGGAGUGUCUGGGUUCUACAUCACCACCAACCCACAGGAGCUGACUUUGCAGAUGAACCUGCUGGAGCUGAUCCGGAAGCUGCAGCAGAAGGAAGCUGAGGCCAAGAAGGCUUUUUCCUGAGGAGCAGAUCUGCUUCCUGCCAGCUUGCUCCUGGCUCCCCUUCGAGGGGCUGGGCACUGCCUUUGCCUUCUGUCCUGCGGGAGGAGCAGCUGAGCCCUUAGAUAACCUUCGAGCUGGGGCGAGCAGGGCCCAGCGUGGCGGGGGGCAGGGGAGUGCCAGGCUGCUCCCAGGCCUCCGGGCAAGCUGGUGCUGGGCACCCUGCUGGGGGCAGGGGCACGAUGGGUGCUCAUCUGCCACACCCUGCUGGGGGUAGGGGCACGAUGGGUGCUCAUC